AAAUGGAUAGAGCAGAAGCCUUUGGAACAAGUAAAGUGGUAGUUGACAAGAUCAAGGAAAGAAAAAUGAAGCAACAUCUUAAAGAGAUCAGAUGUGCUAAGAGCUUGCUUGAUAAUUCAAUCCCCAACUCUAUGAGACUCCGUAAAAGCAACCCAAAGAAGGAAAGAAUGCUGGAAGAAAGGUAUACAGAGAUUGAAAGAGCUAAUCGAAUAUUACUUGAAAAAAUGGCUAAUAUUAUUGGAAAUAAAAAAUUUAAACAUCAUCGAUACAAGCCUAAAUCCACUAAAUUUAGCUCAAGUUUCUUCAUGCCUGGCAUAGAAGUAAAGUCAUCUCUCAAUAGUGGUAAGAGAAAGAGAGAAUUAAGUCGCAUAAAUUUUGAAAAUGAUAAGCUACUUAAAAGGCUUCAAGACAAGAAGCCAACAUAUGACAUUGUUAGAUGGGCAAAAGAUAGGAGAAAGAAUGAAAGAAUCAUCCAGAACAUUUCAACGUACCCAACUAUGACUAGAAAGAGACAUCAGAGUGUUCCCAGGAAAAGACUUGUAAAAAUUUAAGCAUGCUGCUAAUAAGACCCAAAACAUCAUGAAUAAGAAAGGAUUUCAAGGAAUUAAGGAAUUAAAUAAUAGUGCAAACGCUAGCAGUGAUAACUUCCUUACUAGUCAACCCAUUCAUGAUGUGUUCAACAAGACUAAUGCAAUAGACGCAAGUCAGCAGACGAUGUAUGCAAAUAAAGGAAGGAUGAUUCUGGAUUCUAAUUUUACUAAGAUCAAAAAGAAAAUUAGGCCUUUCCCAACCCAGCCAAACUCAAUUUCUACUAAAAGAAUUCUUCUGUUUGAAAAGAAGCAACGGAUAGGCAAGAAAGAUUAUUUAGUAGAGGUAUCUAGGGACAAACUUCAUAUGUUCAUAAUUGCUUUCUUGAUCGAGAAUCCUAAAUAUUACACAUUGCAAAUACCAAUGAAGCAAGCCUUUAAGCUCUUGCUAGAUUUGGAAAAUAGCUUUGAAGCCUUAAUUGGUCUUCUAUAUUUCAAGCACAAAAGACUUGUGCUGCCUGAUAUUUUCAGACCACAGUUUUCACCCAGAAAUAUGGCAGUAGGAACAAGAACAACUACUAAUAAAGACUCACAGCAAAAACGUGCUUUUGAUGGUGGGUUUUAUGACAAGGGAACCAUCUCAGAAGCUACUGCUUCCAGACCAGCUUUAGAAAAUGAUGAGUUUGUUAAACCUUUAAUCGAAUCUCAGAACGAAGAAGAUACACAAAAUGUUGUAGAAACUGGCCACAAGCCUGUAGAGACUACUAAGAAAGAUCCUGAAGCAUCAAGCCCUGCUGAAGAAGAAAAGGAUGAGGAAGAUGACCAGUAUAACUUUGAUUUUGAACCUUAG